GCGGCAGUCACACCAGCGACGCCGCCCGUACCGGCUGCAGGACCGGUGACGCUCGCGACGGUAUUCGAAAAUCGAUGCACGAUCCGCAACCGGCUUUCAACAUAUUUCAACUUGUAGUCGCGAUUCUCGGCGAAGUGCAGUAGCUCUGUUGAGUCUUUAGUGAUGUGAGGAUGCUAGUGCGUGGUCAUGUCAAGCGUGGCGAAGAAAGACAAGCCGACGAUGUCGGUGACAGCGCUGAUGAAUUGGGCGCGGCCACCGCUGUCGGGCCCGCAGCAACCAUCGCCCGCAACACCGGCGCCCGUCACCGGCUUUUUGCAGCCGCUUCCAACACCCUCGACAAUUUCCAGCGACAGUUCACUAGACAUGCAAUGGCUGAACCUUGAGAAUAGCUUCAUGAGCAGCCCCGUCUCCCCGCCAGAGAUGAAGCCAGACACAGCGAUGCUGGACGGGUUACGGGAAGAUGCAACUUCUCCGCCUAAUUCCUAUAAGAAUUAUCCGCCUAACCAUCCUCUGAGUGGCUCAAAGCACCUAUGCUCAAUAUGCGGAGAUAGGGCAUCAGGAAAACAUUAUGGUGUAUUCAGUUGUGAGGGCUGCAAGGGUUUCUUCAAGCGGACUGUGAGAAAGGAUCUCUCUUAUGCUUGUCGCGAGGAGCGAAAUUGUAUUAUUGACAAACGGCAAAGGAACAGAUGCCAAUUUUGCCGAUAUCAAAAAUGCCUGUCAUGUGGCAUGAAACGAGAAGCCGUGCAGGAGGAGCGGCAGCGCGCCGCUAGGGGGACCGAGGAUGCCCAUCCGAGCAGCUCAGUACAAGAAUUGUCAAUCGAGCGGUUAUUGGAGAUGGAGGCCCUUGUGGCGGACACCAGCGAGGAGUUCCAGUUCCUUCGCGUGAGCUCCGAAAGCAACGUGCCUGCUAAGUUCCGGGCACCUGUAUCCAGCCUGUGUCAGAUAGGCAAUAAACAAAUCGCGGCGCUGGUAGUGUGGGCCCGAGACAUUCCCCAUUUUGGACAGUUGGAGCUAGAAGACCAGGUCAUGCUGAUCAAAGCGUCCUGGAAUGAGUUGCUGCUGUUCGCAAUCGCCUGGCGAUCUAUGGAGUACUUGAAUGACGAACGAGACAAUAUGGACGGUUCGAGAACUACAUCACCACCGCAGCUCAUGUGUCUCAUGCCAGGCAUGACGCUGCACCGCAACUCGGCACUGCAGGCUGGCGUGGGGCAGAUCUUUGACCGUGUGCUGUCGGAGCUGUCGCUCAAGAUGCGCUCACUACGCAUGGACCACUCGGAGUACGUCGCGCUCAAGGCCAUCAUCCUGCUUAACCCAGAUGUAAAAGGAUUGAAAAAUCGACAGGAAGUUGAAGUUUUAAGAGAGAAGAUGUUCUCAUGUUUGGACGAGUACUGUCGGCGGGCGCGCAGCACAGAGGAGGGUCGCUUCGCUUCGCUGCUGCUGCGACUGCCGGCGCUUCGUUCCAUCUCGCUGAAGAGCUUCGAGCACCUGUUCUUCUUCCAUUUGGUCGCCGAUAGCAACAUCAGCGGAUACAUACGCGACGCGCUGCGCAAUCACGCGCCGCCAAUCGACGCUAACUCACUACUGUAGACCGGCACUGACACGCCGCUUCUAAACAACCCCUUUUACAUCACCACCGGGAGAACUAAGUAACCCAAACACUGAUAACGACCUUUCGACGAAGAAUUAUUUAGUUUAAAUUCGUGAUCUAUCAGUAAUCAUCUGUGCAUUUUUAACUCUUACAAUUGUAGUGUGUUAAUGUGAAUUGUGCAAAUUUCGAAUAAGAAAUACGCUUUUAAUAGGUGAUUCUAAUCGGUACGAGUAAUCAGUGUUUGAACUUGUGAUGAGUCAACAGUUCUCAUCACUAUCCUGUCAUCCAUAUGUUCACUCUAAGCGAGUUAGAUAGAAAUUAAAUGACAUCUAAUAUCAGCAACUGUUUAUAGAUAUAAUUUUUGAGUAUAUAAAACAUUCGCUUUAAUGUCCGGUUUUAAUAAAGAGAUGGCCUCGCGAAAUGUGAUAUUUUGAAGCACUUGAUAAUGAUGGUCGUAACCUAUACUGUUAUAUAGUUUAUCGAAUAAGGCGCCGUUCCUCAGAAGACCAUUUCAAUACUUUAAUAGAACUAGAAAUAUUCAGCGCGGAAACCUGACCACCGGAAGCGUUAUGGCCUGCACAGCAGUUAACAAACUCUCGGUGACAAAAGACCGGUGACGGAUCUACAUCCUCACUCGCGACAAGUUGUUCUCCUCUAUAAGAGGUAUCAGGCAAGGAAUAUGUUAAAUGUUGGGCGCCCAAACAUCAAAUCUAUAUAUUUAUCCUAAUAAAAAUAAUUAGUUAAAUUAAUUCACAUUUUGUGACUAGAUAAGAUCUUGUAUACAUUGUAACAACAUCUUAUAUAUGGAAUUUAACAUGAACUCUUCAUUUACAAAUCUCCGGAAGACGUCAGCAAUAGCUGCAGGGGAUGGGAAUAAGCGUAUCCCUCAUACUGUUCCUGGGUUAUCCUUUCUAGCUUAGAUCGCAGAUUUAUAUCUUAAGUCAAACUUCCUCCUCAUUCGCUCCUCACUCACGUCAGUCAAGUAUAACCAUAGAGUUCAAGUUAUUUACUACCUGGUGUGAUCCGUAAAAUUCACACACUUAUCUUUGAUCGUGAACAAGUUAAGAGCCCCUGGUUUGACUGUGAUCGAUUAUUAUGAAGACAAUACGUGCUCGGGAGGAGUACUAUCUAAUAUUUUGAGUAUAUUCACGUUGUAGUACGUAAUAGUAGCGGAGCAGGCGAUGCGAGCGCGAGGGGCGCGUCGCAUACUACUACAUAUAUAAGAGCGAACUUCAGGUUAGAUAAUGUAAAUGGGGCCGCCUCUUUUAUUAUUAUUAUUAUGUAGUGUUAAUGUUAAUGUAAUUAGUCGUUCGUUUAUUAGAGAAUUCUAUUCGUCAAGUAGUUCAUCUAUAGUGAAUUAUUAUAAACAUAAUACUAGAUUAUACGCGUAAUGUUAACUUUUACCAAAUCUCUUCAAAGCACAUGUUAAUAUAUAUAAUGGAUUGUCCAGUCCGAGAUUACUGUACGAAAGAACAGAUUUGUUGUUGAAAAAGUUAAAUUCUAAAAGAACAUUUAUAUAUUUUACAUUGUCAUUAUAUAUUUCACUUAAAACAUACUUUUGGUGCUUUACCUGCAUUACAAUUGUGCAACUGCAUAUCAAAUAUGCAUAACAAAUAUUCUUCAAUGGAAAAUAUGUUACUUUCUCUAUAGUAUAAGUUAUACAUAUAAAGCUGUAAAUAUACCUUUGUGUACAAUAUAAAUCUAAUAUCUUAUAUUCAUUAUUUUAAUUAAUAUAUACAUCACCAAUGGAGUGAUGGACAAAUGUUAAUGAUGGCCUAUGUAGUGUCGAGUAACAAAUAUCAUGGUUAUUGUUAUAAUUAGGCCAGUUUUAUUUUUAUUUUUUGACUAAAUGUGCAUUUCAGCUGAUAUUUUUUUUUUAAAAAUAACCAGUAUUAAUAAAAAUGUAGAACAUAAUAAUUAAUUGAAUUACAAAAUUGUUGAAUAGCAUGGAUUAUGGUGAAUUAUUUUUUAUGUAACUGUAUCUAAUAUUCAUGACAGAUAGAAGCGUACAUAGGGAGCUCAAUACAAUAGAACUCUUAUUAUCGAGAUGUUUAUGGCUAGUUUAAUAAAUUAAAAUAUUUACAUGUAGGUUAUUUAUGUAUGAAUAAAUGGUGAAGUUUUCAUGGCAUUCUAUUUUGUUGAUAUUGGUAACCAGUGUUUCUGUUGUAUUGAAGGAAAAUGUUGAACAAUGAUAUUAUUAUUUGGAUGGGUUUGAAUUUAUGAUGAUGGUGUUGCAGCGGUUGUGAGAUGAUAUAUAAUGAUGUUCACUAAUUAUCUGACUAAAUUUAAGUUAUAUUUUUUGUAUAGACAUAGCUUUAAGAUGAAUGGUAAUUAAAAUGAUUAUC